CCCACAGAAGCAGCAGUUGACUGCAAGCACAGAGGAGCAGACCAACUCUGCAAAAACUAUGCAAGAAACCCUUGACAGGCUCAGCAAAAAGGAGGAGCAGUGCACAACUCUGGGCACAGUAUCGGAGUCUCUCAAGAGUCAGCUUAAUGGGCUGGAGAGGAAGCUGGCGAGUGCCGACGAGAAGGUACGGCAGCUGGGCGAGGACAAGAGCAAACUGGAGAAAGACAUUUCGGACAUGAUGACGGCGUCCGGUGACAGUUCGGUGCAGCUGAGCAAAAUGAACGAAGACCUGCGGCAGAAAGAAAGGUGUUCAAUCCUAAACCCUCAAAAAUUCUCAAAACGAUCUUGUAGUAAUCAUACAUUUAAUCCAUCCAACAUAUGGACAUUCAGAACAA